AAAAAAACCCGAAUCUCUCUCUCCGCCUCUCUUAGGCUUCAGCUCUCUCUCGGUCUCUCCGCCCCUGCCGACUUCAAAAGCUGGUGGUGUACAUACCCGCCGUCAAAGGUUGAGGCCGCGAAUCGCCAUCACGAUUUGGCGGUGCUCUUCACCGAGUUCUCUCUACGUGUGACGAUUUAAUUUUUGUUUUUGUAUAUACCUCUGUUGAAUUUUUUGUUUGUAGCACAAUGCUUGCAGGGCUCAAAUUCGUUCCCCGUGAAAAGCUUGACAAAGCAAAGGAUAGUGAUUCGGAUGAUUCUAUAAAAGAGAGGAAAAAUUCUAGUAGUAGAAAGGAAAAACAUAGGAAGAAAGGGAAGAAGAGUUCUAGGUACAGUAGUUCAGAUGAUGAUGAACUCGAGAGAAUUAAGAAACCUUCUAGCAAGAAGAAGAAGAAAUGGUACUCUUCGGAGGAGUAUUCUUCGGGUGAAAGUGAGGGCAGUUCCGACGAAGAAGCAAAGAAGGGUCGGGAUAAGAGAAAGAGUAAGAGUAAGAGAAGUAAGGGCGAUAGGUCGGGGGAUGAUGAGGAUAGUGAUAGGUCUAAGAAGGGAUUGAGAAAUAGAGAAGAUGGAAGGAGAAAGAGCAAGGGAAGUGGGGCUCGAGAUGACUUGUCUGAUAGUGGUGCAGGAACUGAUUCCUUGAAAGAGAAGGAAAUCGUGAGAAAAGAGAUGGGAUUAGAAUGGAUGCUUAGACCUGGGGAAAAGAGGGACGAAAGGCCUGCGAUGAUUGUUGAUGACAAAUUUGAGGAAACUCCAACCGAGGAGGUAAAGAAGGUGCAUCCCAGGGAGAUGAAUCCUUAUUGGAAGGAUAAUGGUGGUGGUUAUCCAGAAGAUACUGAUGGGAGCAAAGCCAGUGGGGACAAACUUUUGUCUUCUUCAGUUGUUGGAGAUGGAGGUGCAAGCUGGAGACUUAAAGCCUUGAAGCGUGCACAAGAGCAAGCAGCUCGAGAAGGACGAAGGCUUAAUCAGGUUGUUGAAGAACGGUGGGGUUCUGUUGGUCAACUUGCCGUAUCUGUAGCGUCUCGUAAAGCUGCCCCAUCUCGUGCUCAUCUACAUGCCAUAAAAGAUAGAAAGAGGGGGCUAACUGAGGAACAGAAGCCAGGUUCUGACGAUCAAAGCGAGAGGGAUAUUGAAAAGAACAAUGAUAGGAACUACUUGAAGGAUGUAUCAUUCCAGCAUCAUAAAAUGAGGGAACCUAAAGUUAAAGAUUCUUUAUCUUGGGGAAAGGGGAAAAGUCAAAAUCAAUCUUCCAAGGAUGCUGACUUCAUCAAGGCUGCUGUAUCAAGCUUAAAUAAGUUUAACAAUGAUGGAAGCUUUAUGCAAAAGGUUCUUCGGCAGCAAAAUAAUGAUCCUGGUGGUUCUGUUGAGGGAAAUGUGGAGUCAAGAUUUGUUUCAUCACAAAUGAACCAAUCUAGUGAAGGCAGCGCAGUGGCUAAUGAUGCACUCAGUGCAAACCAAUUGGCAGCUAAGGCUUUUCAGCUUCGUAUGAAAGGAAAGCAUGAAGAAGCGAAUAAACUUUUGCAAGAAGCAGAGAAGAUCAAGGCAAAGCAGGAUGGUGGGGAUAAUUCAAUUAAGCCACAAAAUGAGAGAAGCUCAAGCAGAUAUAUUAUGCAGGAUAGAUCUGUUCGACAAAAGAAGGAAGAGGAUGAUACUGAUAUGCAUCUAGCUCGAAAGAUAAUGCAGAACAAAAAAUAUACUACUUAUGGUCAGGCAGAUGAUGAAUAUGAUUUUGAAGUUGGUCCUAGUAAAAAGGCUGGGAAGAAGGGUGGAGAUAAUGAGCAUAAGGUUACACAGAAGAAUACACGUCUCUUAACACAAAAAGAGCGGUGUCUUUUUUGCUUUGAGAAUCCAAAAGUGCCAAAACAUCUUAUUGUUUCGAUAGCAAAUUUCACAUACUUGAUGUUGCCACAUUCACAGCCUGUGGUGCCUGGUCAUUGCUGCAUUUUACCACUGCAGCAUGAAUCGGCCACAAGAACUGUUGAUGAUAAUGUGUGGGAUGAAAUUCGCAACUUCAAGAAAUGCCUUAUCAUGAUGUUUGCAAAGCAAGAGAGGGAUGUAGUGUUUCUUGAAACAGUGAUGGGUUUGGCACAACAACGCCGCCAUUGUUUGAUUGAGUGUAUUCCAUUACCCCAAGACAUUGCUAAAGAGGCUCCUCUAUAUUUUAAAAAGGCAAUUGAUGAAGCCGAAGAUGAGUGGAGCCAACACAAUGCAAAGAAGCUUAUUGAUACAAGUGUAAAGGGAUUGCGUGCUUCAAUUCCUAAAAACUUUCCGUACUUCCAUGUUGAAUUCGGUUUGUAUAAGGGAUUUGUGCACGUAAUCGAUGAUGAGACACAAUUUAAAAGUAGCUUCGGCCUUAAUGUUAUAAGAGGCAUGCUACAGUUGCCAGAAGAAGACAUGCACCGUAGGCGAAGGUAUGAUUCUGUUGAGGUUCAAAGGGAAGCAGUUAAAAGUUUUGUCAAAGACUGGGAACCGUUCGAUUGGACAAAACAGCUUCACCAGUGUUCAUGGUAGAUCCUGUUUAAUACUUGGUUGUGGUUGGCCUGAGAUAUUGGGGCCAAGAUAUUUUCGUUGCAGAAGUGACUGACACUGGACUGUAGCCUUGCUAUCGUAUACAACCAAAUUUUGCUUCUUCAAUCUGCAUUGUAAUUUAACUUGGGUCUUAGUCUUAAAUUGUGGUAAUCCUACAUUUGCACACAGAUCCUUAGAUUCAGCAUAUUUCAGUGAUUGAUGAAGCUUAAAAGAGGAAAAAGAAAAAAAAAGAAGCUUGUAAAAAGUUGGUGGACAUUCAUUGCAAUAGUCAGAUGAGCUUGUCUUGAAAUU